AUGAACGCCGGGGAGAGCAAGCUGCUGCUACCCACGCAGCAGAGCAUCCUCCGGUGCGGCGACCACGAGCCGAACUGCCCGCGGCCCCGAGCGGAGACCCUGGCUCUGUCUGCAGCAUCCAACGGCUCGGCGCUGGAUGCGUACCGGCCGGCGGGGCUCCAGUUUCCCGCCUCGGCGGCUCCGACGGUUGCGAUGGUGUCCCACGCCCCGCACCCCUACCCCACAGUGGACGUGCCCGACCACGCCCACUACACCAUCGGCUCCGUCAUCCUCGCCAUCGGCAUCACCGGCAUCAUCGGCAACGUGUUGGUCAUUUACGCCUUCAGCAAGAGUCGCAGCCUACGGACGCCGGCCAACAUGUUCAUCAUUAACUUGGCGAUCACAGACCUUCUGAUGUGCGUCACCCAGACGCCCAUCUUCUUCACCACCAGCAUGCACAGGAGGUGGAUCUUUGGAGAGAAAGGCUGCGAGCUGUACGCCUUCUGCGGCGCCCUCUUCGGGAUCUGCUCCAUGAUCACGCUGACGGUGAUCGCCCUCGACCGCUACUUCGUCAUCACGCGACCUCUGACCUCUAUCGGGAUGAUGUCGCGGAGACGAGCCCUGCUCAUCCUCAUGGGGGCCUGGGCCUAUUCCCUCGGCUGGAGCCUGCCGCCGUUCUUUGGCUGGAGUGCCUACGUCCCCGAGGGCCUCAUGACGUCCUGCACGUGGGACUACAUGACCUUUACCCCGUCGGUGCGAGCGUACACCAUGCUGCUCUUCAUCUUCGUCUUCUUCCUGCCGCUCUUCAUCAUCAUGUACUGCUACUUCUUCAUCUUCCGCGCCAUCCGCGUCACCAACCGGGCCGUGGGGAAAAUGAACGGCAGCAUCCACAGUCACGGCAGCGGUCGAGACUCGACGAAGAAUUUCCACCGGCUGCAGAACGAGUGGAAGAUGGCGAAGAUCGCUCUGAUCGUCAUCCUGCUCUACGUCGUCUCCUGGUCGCCGUACUCGGCCGUCGCCCUCACCGCCUUCGCCGGGUACGCGGACAUGUUGACCCCCUACAUGAACUCUGUGCCCGCCGUCAUCGCCAAGGCCUCGGCCAUCCACAACCCCAUCAUCUACGCCAUCACGCACCCAAAAUACAGGAUAGCGCUGGCCAAGUACAUCCCGUUCCUCGGCGUUCUGCUGUGCGUCCCUGAACGCGACCUCCGCUCGGCCAGCAGCAGCUUCAGGUCGACGCGGCGCUCCACCGUGACCAGCCAGACCUCCGACGUCAGCAGCCAGCAGAGGCGGCAGGGCAGCCGCAACUCCCGCCUCUCCUCCGCCUCCGACAGCGAAUCGUGUCUGACGGACACCGAGGCCGACGGGUCGAGCGUGGGCUCCAGACCCGCCAGCCGCCAGGUGUCCUGUGACAUCAGCAGAGACACCGCCGAGCUGCCCGAAUACAAACCCUCGUCCAGCUUCAAGUCCAAGAUGAAGAGCCACGACUCGGGCAUCUUUGAAAAAACGUCGUAUGACGCUGACAUCUCCAUGACCGGAGUCAGUGAACGCGGCAGCAUCCCAAACACGGAUUUUGCAGAGGGACGCGAUAGGAGAAGGACGAUUGGUCGAAUCCCGAGCAUUGUCAUCACCUCGGAGACCAGCCCCUUCCUCCCCACCGGGCGCCCAAAGGCAGCCAAUAGCAGCCAGCCGGGGGCGGGGCCUGGGUAGAGCACCUGCAGCCAUGUGACCAGCUCACCUCCACUCGCAACACGCAACGAGAAACGAGCUACAAUAUUAAAAGAGGUCAUUACAUUUCAAAAGGUCUCGAACCUGAGAAUUUAUGUCAAUUUCUUUUUGCAUUUAGUUUUUGCUACAGGAGAGGGACCAAUGACAACAGGCGAAGGUUUUGAUUUGAAGAGCAACUUAACACUUUGUAUGAUGUCGAACACACACCCUUCACACAAUGCAUAGGCAUUGUCAGCCUGAAACCUACAUUGUUUUCUUUAACCCUCUUAGCUUUAUAAUACAGACUCGCAGGUGUGUAUUCUGUUGAGUUAGGCCUGUGUGUGUAUAAAAAAAGAAUAAAUAAGAGAGCACACACAGUUAAGGAAGAGGUCUAAUCAGGCAACUCAAAUGAAAACUCCUUUGUAAGACUUUGUGAGUUUUUUUUUUUUUAUGGUUGUGAAGCUUAAGUUUGACCCAAAGAAAAAUCCAAAUCCUGCGCCUGAGCUCUCGUCCCGGAUUGAGGGGAAGGUCACAAGCUCUAAUAAUGGUGUUUCAGGAAAAGUUACUAGCAUGAAACGAGAAGUUUUUUUUGAAGAGCACUUUUCAAUUUUUCUACAAAAAGAAAAUAAUACUAUCGUUACCAUAUGGUGUUCUUGUUAUUAGUUGCUGUUGAUAAUUUAUCUGUGUGUUUCAAACUUAAUCCUGUACAGUGUUACAUGCGAGUUGAAGAUUUUGUUUGUUAACUGAAGACGGAUGCUACAUGAAACCCCACCUUCUAUUGUCCUCCUCCACUGAACACAGAUGGUUGAUGUGUCUGUUGUACAAUGGGAAAAGGGUUUUAAGUGGAAUUUGGUUUGAUUAUAAAUCUUUAAAUGCAGCGCAAGAGGGUACAACAACCAGAUUAAAACCAAAAACAGCCCUGAAAAUGGAGAAAAAGCCUGUUAAAAUUACAUUUCAAGGAAUGUGGGCGUGUGAUAAUUUGAGAAAUCCUCCUGCCAUCCCGUCCAAUAGAUGGUUCCACUCCGCUGAGGUUAUGAUGGCUACAGUUUCACUCUGCUUCCAACACGUUGAAUCAAAUGUUUCUCUCGAUCUCAUCGAAACGUAAAAGCCUGCAAUUGCACUUUUAUUAAUGAACAAAAUAUAUUAAAUGUUUCCCUGUGGUUGAGUUUGUAUCUUGCAUUAUAUUUCUGUGUUUUUUCUAUUGUCUUGUUAAUUGCAUAUUUAAAGUGUGUGUUUUGCUGAUUGUGUGGUUGGUGUAACGGGGGUGAAAAGGGAAAUCAUUAUUGAUUGUGAUACGCCCAUCUGACCUGUUGGUCUGAGUGAAGUUAUUUGUGCGUUUGUUUAAGGGUCUUUAUAUCUAUAGAAUGACACACGCAUGUGUUCUGCUGCGCUUUGCAUAAUUUUAAGUAAAUCAAAGUAACGAAACAAUAAGCUAAAUUAAUAGCUCAUCCUUGUGAAAACAUUUUAGGAGCUUAAUUAGGCUGUUAAACUAUUUUAUGGUAAACUGACCAUUAUUUAAACUGCAAAAAUGAGCAAAACCAAAUUGAGCAUUUAUUAAAUAUAUGAUUUUUGCAAAACCCUUUAGCUCAGCAUCAAUUUGCUGCCACAUUUAUUAAAACUUGGAGUAGUAAUAGCUUCACUCCCAGGUCUUCAAAUAUUUAAAACCUAUUUUCAACUCUCAAAACGUAAGGUAAUCUAUUUUUUUCCUGCUUACUUCGAUGUUGGUGUUGUUUAUUUUUCUAAAUAAAUAUCUAUUAUUCAUUAUAUUCAUUGUCAGAUA